CUCACCUUUGGAGAACAUGCACUAGAGCUCGAAAUCUCGAUUUAAAUACUGAAGUAUUGUGUAGCUUUGCUCUUAAUGGACGUGAUAAAUUAAAUCCACCUAUUCCCAAAAGCUAUUAUGGAAAUGUUGUUUUUGCUGUAAAUGUAAGAAUGCUUGUCUCUCAAUUGAUUAAUGGUACACCAUCUUCAAUAGCACCUCAAAUUCGAAAGGCCGUUACAGAUGUGAAUGAAAGCCAUAUUCGAUCCAUAAUUGAUUGGGUUGAACAACAGCCAGAUAAAUCAUUAAUUCAGGUUACUGCUGAGUAUGACGGUAAAUAUUUUGGAGGAUCUAGUUGGGCAAAAUUUCAAAAACAUGAUUUAAUAGAUUUUGGCGAUGGAACUCCUAUAAAACAGAGACGUCCGGGAAAAACUCCUGAUCUUGAUGGGUUAUUUAUGAUACUUGGUGCUGAGGAUGGAGUAGAUGUUUACCUUACUUUGCAAACUGAAAAAUUGGAAAUCUUAGAACAGGAUCCUGAAUUUAAGAAAUUUAUUAUUCCAUAA